AGCAGAUUAGGAUUCAGAGGGAUAGAGAGCCUCUGGGGCUAUGGUACAGCAACACAGUUGAAAUAUCUGCCACAGGUGAGACGUGGAUCAUGUACAUUGACUGAUAGUUACCUGAUACAGGUCCUUAAUUCCGAAAUCCAACCAUGAAUGCCGUAAAGGAGAAUCUCAAGUUCCUACAGCAACGCUGUAAACUAUUUAAACAGCAGCAGGUAACGUUUAUCACAGCUCUGGAGCGAUGCCGUGAGAAUGCCCACGAUCGAAUCAAGCCAGUACAGACCCUAGAAAAGGUACAAAACUACUUGGACAGUUAUUGCAAUAACAGUACAGACCGACGCAUCCUUACCUUGUUUUUGAGCCUCUGCUCUGAGAUCCAAGAUUUUUGCAUACAACUCAACGAACUGCAGUUUGAGACAAGAGGCAUUAAAACUAAUUUAGAAGAAAACUUCAACCUUCUCAAUCCAGCCAAUGACUUGUCUGGUCUGAAAGCCAAGUAUCCACACGAUGUGAUCAACCAUCUCAGUUGUGAUGAAGCAAAGAAUUUCUAUGGAGGGAUAGUGAGCCUGUUACCACUUGUCAUGGACAAUAUUCAAGAAUCUAUAGCCAAGAUGGAGAAACUGCAUUCACUGGCCUUGCAUCAGAGAGGAAAUGAGAGCAGUGAUAUCACAGGAGACCAGGAUCCCAUGCAAACCACAGGGGUGCAAACUAGGGUCAGUCAUCGUGAUAGCAAGAAAGGCCUUACAGAGUCUUUGAAGCCAGCUUGGAAGCCAAGUGGAAGUUUCACUUGUUAAAUGCACUGUAGCCCGCAAUCAGCCAGAUUCUGCUUGCGGUGCAGGAUCUAACCAAUCGCCAUUGUGGAAUGUAAAGAGGGCCUACGGACCAAUCAGUAACAAUUAAACUUUUCCUGCAGCAAGCAAAACUUGUGGUAUUUUCAUUCAACUGAUAUAACAUUUUGAAAAGAGUACAAUUAUCUCCAAUCUGUGAUUUCUGAACAUCUCUAACCCAUGGAAAUCGAAUUUUUAGUGAUCAGUAAAAUAGUUUUAAUCACGUCCUUCAAAUCUAACCUUUUCUACAUGAUCUUUGAUUUGAUUUUGUAUUAAAACUGUGCCAUACUGUAUUAUGACAAUUCACUGUUCUGUUUUAAGUCAUUGAUUUUAUAUAUUUUUUGCAUUUUAAUAAAUACUGCAUUUGAGGAAAAA